AUGGCAAGUGAAUUAGAAAACGUUGAAAAAAUAUGGGAUGAACAUGCCGAAUAUUGGAAUCAAUGUAUUGGUGACGAAGGAGAUAAAAAUCGAACAGAAUCAAGUGAUAUCUGUCUUUGGAAAUAUAUUGGAAAUGUAGAUGAUAAAGUUAUUCUUGAUGCUGGUUGUGGAAAUGGAUAUCUAACAAUAAAAUUUGCUCUGCAAACUGAGGCUAAACGAAUAAUUGGAGUUGAUCUAUCAUCAGCUAUGAUUAAAACAAGUAAAGAGAAUAUUAAUCGACGAAUAAAACAAGAAAAUGAUUCGAAAAGAAUUGAGAUAUAUCAUGAUUCAGUAACGGAAUUAAAAUCUAUUGAAAAUAAUUCAAUUGAUUUAAUUAUUUCAAAUUAUGUUCUUAUGGAUACGCCUGAUCUUGAUUUAGUAUUAAAAGCAUUUCAACGUGUUCUGAAAUCAUCGGGUCGUUUAAUUAUUGUUAUUCUUCAUCCAUGUUUUGAUCCAGUAGCAGAAAAAGAUGGUUCAAAACGUAUUUAUACAUGGACAAAAUCUUAUUUUGAUGAAACACCUGAAAAACAAGAAUGGGAUAAAUUUUCAUUGAAUAUGUAUCAUCGACCAUUAUCAGUUUAUUUCGAAAUGUUUAAUAAAUAUAAUUUUACAUUAAUGAAUUUUGAUGAACCAAAAUUUUAUUCUCCAAUUCAUCAAUAUGAUUUUACUUGUGCUUGUUUAUUUCAUUUAAAAAAAAAUUAA